UUUUGAAUGUCCCUUGACAAAAACUGAAACGAUUUAACGUUUUUGUGUGUGUUAAAGAAACGUAGAUUAUGAGAGUAAUUUAAUGCUUCGUGUGAAAUGCUAAUAUUCGGUUUCCCAUCGUUCAUCAAAACGCGACCAAAUAAAGUUCCCGUGCAGAAUAAACAAACACCAGGUGAAAUUAGUGAAAGCUUCCUGCCAAGAUGGAGGGUGUUAAAGGGGAAAAUGAAGAAAUUAGCAUUACAAAUUCAUGCGAAAUUAAAAUGGAAGAUUUCGUUGUUCAAAGAGGCCUGAUGGAAGUGAAAAAGGAACGUGAAGAGCAAAUUGAAGUGGAGGACCAACAACCAUAUCAGACCCCUGAUGUUUUCAUGACCGAAGAAAAACCUUCUAUUUGCCUAAAAACGGAAAAUAAUUUCUCAGAAGAAUGUACAGCUCAAGGGACAGAAGCAGAAAAUUCUGUGCAAGAAACUCAUGGACAGAAUCCUUUGAAAUGCAAGCGCUGUGGAAAGUGUUUCAGAUACCGAGGAUACCUUGAAAACCACAUGAGCGUUCACAACGAAGAAGAGUUUUUCAUUUGCCUUCAGUGUGAGAGGCGUUUCAAACACAAAGAAAGCCUUGUGAAGCAUAUGGCUGUUCACGCUACACCAAAACCUUUCAAAUGCCAACAUUGUGGAUCAACUUUUAAAUACCUAAGACGACUUACGGAGCACACGGAAGUUCACAACCAGGGUUGUUUUACAUGUCAUUACUGUAAACGGCAAUUCAAGUGCACAAAAAGCCUGAAAAGCCACAUGGUAACUCACAGUAAAGCAAGGCCUUUCACAUGCCAUCAGUGUGGAAACACCUUCAAAAACCGAGGCAGUCUUAUAAACCACAUGGGUCGUCACACUGAUGAGAGGCCGUUUAAGUGCCAGUACUGCGGAAGAGGUUUCAAAUACAAGGGUCGUCUCGAUAUCCACAUCACUGAGGGAUGCCCAAACUUUGUUUGAAGAGUGCCACCUGGGGCAUAUAUACACCGAUCAGGCAUAACAUUAUGACCACCUUCCUAAAAUUUUGUUUGUGGUCCACUUUUGCUGCCAAAACAGCCCUGACCCAUCGAGGCAUGGACUCCACUACUGUUCCUUUAUGGGUCCACUUUUGGUAGACAAUGACCACUGCAGAUUGGGAACACCCCACAAGAACUGCAGUUUUGGAGAUGCUCGGACCCAGUCAUCUAGCCAUCACAAUUUGGCCCUUGUCAAACUCGCUUAAAUCCUUACGCUUGCCCGUUUAUCCUGCUUUGAACACAUCAACUUUCAGGACAAAAUGUUCUCUUGCUGCCUAAUAUAUCCCACCUACUAUCAGGUGUCCUGAUGAAGAGAUAAUCGGUGUUAUUCACUUCAUCUGUUAGUGGUCAUGAUGUUAUGCCUGAACGAUGUAUACGAAGAGUUAAGAUGCGAAACCUUCUAAAAGCCACAUCCGUCAAAAAUGAGAUUGUUGUUAACAACACUGCCCAGUCAGUCUGCAAUAUCAUAAUGGAACUGAACCUAGGAGCCUGUCUCAAGUUUAGAGUGUUUUGCAUCUGAACUUAUAACAUAUAUAUUUAGCUGCAUUAUCCAUUUAUAUUUGAAUACGUGGAAUGUACAUCACUACAGUGAAUAUACUGGAAUAAAUGAAUAAACCCAUUUCAUUUUAUGAAUCUUU